GUUUAGGGCUUAUGGCUAUCGUGUGAUUGGCAAGUGGAAGCGCCAUGGCUUCCCUGGUGAGCCCUAGCUCACUGUCAGUGCGAUUGGGCGAGAACUAUGGCAGGAGAGGCGGCAGAGCAGCCGCAUUGUGCGUCUCGCAAGCUGGAUUCUCGAUCAACAGCAAAGAUUGCUCGAGCUCGAGUUUUGAAGCUGAGCUCAAGAGCGUCCUCUCACAACGUGACAUUCUCACGGCGAGAGGAAUCAACAUGCCUUCCUCGAGGCCGGAUAAUCGCUUGAAAAUUUUCUCGGGAACAGCGAAUCUGCCACUGGCCAAGGAAAUCGCGUGCUACAUGGGCCUAGAACUUGGAAAGAUUUGCAUCAAGCGCUUUGCUGACGGUGAAAUCUACGUCCAGCUACAGGAAAGCGUGAGAGGCAGUGAAGUGUUCUUGGUCCAGCCGACUUGUCCACCCGCAAAUGAGAACUUGAUGGAGCUACUGGUCAUGAUAGACGCAUGCCGGCGUGCAUCCGCCAAGACCAUCACAGCAGUAAUUCCAUACUUUGGAUACGCCAGAGCUGACAGAAAGGUAGUCACUGUGAUCCAGCUUUUUCUUUCAAUCUACACGUCGUGUGAUGUUUUUCAGACUCAAGGACGUGAAUCGAUUGCAGCAAAGCUUGUAGCAAAUCUUUUGACAGAAGCCGGUGCGAACCGUGUUCUUGCAUGCGACUUACACUCGGGGCAGGCGUUGGGCUACUUUGACAUUCCCGUGGAUCAUGUUUAUGGUCAGCCCGUUAUACUGGACUACCUCGCAAGCAAGAUGAUAUCAGCUGACGAUUUCGUAGUAGUCUCCCCGGACGUGGGUGGUGUUGCUCGCGCUCGGGCCUUCGCCAAGAAACUCUCGGAUGCACCGCUCGCGAUCGUGGACAAACGACGUCAAAGUCACAAUGUUUCUGAGGUGAUGAAUCUUAUCGGUGAUGUCAAUGGCAAAAUCGCAGUCGUGGUAGAUGAUAUGAUUGACACUGCUGGGACGAUAGCAAAUGGAGCUGCGCUUCUUCGUCAAGAAGGAGCCAGAGCUGUCUACGCUUGCUGCACACACGGUGUUUUCAGUCCUCCUGCGAUCGAGCGCCUAUCAGGUGGUCUCUUCGAAGAAGUUAUCAUCACAAACACGAUUCCAGUGAAAGAGAGCUUCAAGGAGCUUACAAUUCUCUCGGUGGCGAACCUCCUCGGUGAAACCAUCUGGCGGGUGUAUGGGGAUAGCUCUGUGAGUAGCAUUUUUGGGUAGCUUAGUGGAUCCAAAAUUCUUUUCAUUCGAGUUUCUUCUUUUUCCUCCAUGAAAAUGCUUUUGAUCUUCUCGUCA